AUGGUCCUUGAAAACCCGCCGAAUACAUGUGCAACAUGCCGAGCAAGUCGGGGGCGGACACUUCUAUCUAGCUAUUGCAGAGGGCGACAUGGUCGCAUGGAUGCUUCCGCCCCACUCCCGCCUGGUGCUCCGCCGUCUGCUGACGAGAACGCCGCGAGGAUCAAGAGAGCCAACCAGGCCUGUCUGAAUUGCCGAAAGCGCAAGUCGCGAUGCCUCUUACAUGUCGAUGGCACAGUCCCCUGCCUCCGUUGCAAGCGCGAUAACCUCGAAUGUAUACUCGGCGGCUCGAAUCGAGGUGGCCGACGGGUGCGGCGCAAGACCCUCGAUCCUCAAAUUCUACCCUCCCCCUACAAUCAAGAAGAUGCAGGCUAUCAUGGCCUAGGGAAUGUCGGAACAUGGACCACACAACCCAAUGCGCAAGAGCGGGCCGCAGAUGGAUCCCAUCAGCGGCCAGACGAUCAAAUGCCGCGGUCCGGUUCCUCGUCCACCCAAGAUGACAUCUCGUUUCCGAACCUACAGAAUCCUUCAGAUGCUCUAGGAAUACUAGCAAGAGUCGCGGAGACCAGUACCGGGGACAAUGCAGGCAUUCAAAAUGGUCAUCGACUUGCGAAUACCAUGGCGCAUCGCAGUGAGCCGUCUCUGGCGCAACAGAUGUCAUACCGGCUGUUGGAUCUGGGAAUACUCACUAUUCCCAAAAUGAUGGACCUGCUGAUGCGCUACCGUCAACAUUAUCAUCCUUAUUAUCCUCUAGCUGCCCCACAUGUUUUCGAUCCUAGAAGGUUAGCGGAAACAGUUCAACGCGAUCUCCACCUGUUGACUGCUAUACUACUCAUAUCCUCAAAGGAUCUAUUAGAGGAACCUCAAAUCUACGAGUCGUGUACAGAGUAUAUGAAAACGUUGGUAUCCGAUCUCGCCGCCGGUGGAGACGCCGACGUCGAAACCGUUGAAGCACUUUUAAUUCUCGCAGAGUGGGCACCAUAUACCCAGCGUGCCUCCGGGAAGGUAGGCCGUGGUGAAGAAGACAAAGAGAGUUGGAUGCACGUAGGGCUAGCUCUCCGAAUUGGCUACUUUUUAGGUCUUGACAAAUACUCCUUCCGAGUAAUUGAUGAUGGGAAAGAUGUGCAACAUAACCGCAAACGUCUGGUCUGGACAGCUUGCUAUAUAUCAGAUCGACAGAUUUCGAUUCGAAUUGGCAAGGCGUUUUGGUCUAGAGGACCUGGCCCUUUGACGACGCUUCGCCGUGAAGAUUAUCCGGCCUUGUUACCAGAGAGCCCGAACGAGGAGGACUACGCAAGCAUAUUCCAGGCCACCCUCGAAUUGACCCAGCUUUGCAGUAAUGUCCACGACGUCCUGUAUUCAAAUCCUGGGUCGAGUUUUAGGUCGCAUCUAAGCGGUGGCUACAUCAAAUUCAUCGACGACUUCCGAUCCGCCAUCUACGGAUGGAAAAGCGUAUGGGGAACUUUGACAUGCUCUCCCCAACUAAAAGCCACCCUCCUAAUGUCCUACGAUUACCUCCGCCUCUACACCAAUGCCUUCGCCUUCCAGGCCACCGUCCGCCGCGCCCUCCCCACCACGACCACCACCUCCUCCACCCUCCCGAACCCAACCUCCCCCAACGCCUCCGCCCACCCCCACCCUAGCGCCCCACCGCCCUCAAACCACUCCAUCCAAGCCCCCUCGCGCGUCUUCUACAACAACGUCGCGUCAGUCGGCGACGCGCGCUUCAUCUACGAAGGCCUCGACGCCGCCAAAGCCAUCCUCAGCACGGCCAACAACUUCGUCGACCCCGAGAAAUCCCUGCGCUUCAUGCCGCUGCGCUUCUACCUCUACCUCGUCUACGCCGGCGUCUUCCUCUACCGCGCGCGCUGCGUCGGCGUCAUCGGCGCCGACGAGGAGCGCGCCGUGCGCGCCAUGAUCCAGGAGACCGUCGCCCGCCUCCAGCGCAGCGCGGUCGGCAGCGGCGGCGGGCUCCAGCACCCGGGCAGCCGGUACAGCCAGCUGCUCAAGCUGCUGUGGGCGAAGGCGGGCCGCAAGGAUCGUGGCGCAAGAGCGGCGGCGUACCCGGCGAGUGGGUCGCAGCCGCACCAUGCGGCGCGCGGGAGUGUCGGGGAGACUACGCUCCCGCAGACGCCAGGGAUGGCGAGGCCGCCGCCGAGUCAGGCGGGGUCGGUGACGACGGGCGAGAGUCCGGCGGUGACGGAGCAGAUGGGGGAUUUCAGCUGGACGGAUCUCAUGGCGGUGGGCGAGUUUGCGAUGGGUGGCGGGCAAGGGGGGCAGGCGCCGCAGGGGGAGGAUGGGGGGUUUUGGGGGGUGAGCUUUUUGCCGGUGGAUAUGGGGUUGGGGGGGCAGGGGAUGGGGUGGGAGAAUGGGUUUGAUGGGGAGAUGGGAAUGGCGUUUUGAGAGAGGUGAUUAGGUCUUGGUUAGGGGAGGGGGGAGGCGUUCUGGGAGUGAGGGUCUAGGGAGGUAGACGGAAGGAAAGAUGGAAGGGAAAAGUGGUUGCCUGGUUGCAGGUUCGUGGUUGGGACUAGCUUUCA